AUGACUACGGAAGAUCGUCUCGAGAACGAGCUUCUGGACGUUCUGGGUUGCCAGCCAUCUCUGUUCAAGUUGUACACGCAAGUGGCCUUCGUCUAUGCAACCAGCGACGAGCAUGUCGUUGAACGCCAAGUCGCGACUUCUCUACGACGUGGGCUCGACAAUCUGGCCGCACAGCUGCCGUGGUUGUGCGGCAAGGUCAUCAACGAGAACUCUGGUCGAGGGAAAACCGGCACUUACCGCAUCGUCAAGAUACCAGAGAUUCCUAUGGUAGUUAGGGAUCUUCGCCAGACAGGCGACGUGGCAAGCUUGGAUCAACUUCGUGAUGCUCGGUAUCCAUUCUCGAUGCUCGAUGAAAAACUGGUGGCGCCAUGCAUGACGUUGAACUUCCCAGGGCAAAAGGCCGGUCUUGUUGCCGACACGGGGCCGGUACUAGCGCUUCAGGUCAACAUCAUAUCGGGUGGAGUCAUCCUCACAGCCGCAGCUCAGCACAAUGUGAUGGAUAUGGUCGGCAUGGCGAACGUCAUGAGAUGGCUCGACACGGCAUACAAAGGUAAAAGUCUCGCGGAGGAGGAGCUCGCUGCUGCCAAGAUGGACAAGAGCCGGGUCUUGACCCUUCACGACGAGUACUGGUCACCGGACGAAGAAUGGCUGAACCGCCUGCUGCCCAAGACUCAGCCAGAAUCGGAGACAGCUCCUGACACUGCGACCACCCCACCCAAAGUCUGGUGGGGUUACGUUGACUUCUCCAUCGAGUCCGUCUCCACUCUGAAGGGGAUCGCAACACAAACCAAGGACGCGGACAUUGACUAUAUCAGCUCGGACGAUGCAGUCUGCGCGUUCAUAUGGAAGUGUCUUUCUCGUGCAAGAACGGCGAGAACGGAUGGAAAGCGCUCAACAGUCUUUGCGCGCGCGGUCGACCUUCGAAGACGGAUGGGGGUGCCACCAGCCUACCCCGGCACCUUGACAAAUCUGGUCUACACCGAUUCCUCGCUGGACAGCAUAAGCGCAGAAACGCUGGGUCGGAUUGCAGCCAAGCUUCGUGGCCAACUCAAUUCGUCGAAACUGUCGAACGAUACGCGCGCUCUUGCCACGGUCAUCGAUCGACUGCCGGACAAAGGCAUUAUCAACAUCACGGCACCCGUAGAUCCAUCUACGGGCAUCAUGUUGAGCUCGUGGGCUUCAGUGCAGCUCGAUCAGCUCGAUUUCGGAGUUGGGCUCGGACUGCCUCCCGCUGUGCGACGUCCAGUCUUCGACCCCGUCGAGAGUCUGAUGUACAUCCUGCCGAAGAGCUCGUCGGGAGGAGCUGUGGUGGGACUGUGCCUGCGUGAAGAAGAUUGGGCAGCGCUGGAGCGUGAUGAUGAGUGGAGAGGAUACGCAUCGUACAUUGGCUGA